AUGGCAAAGUUCAUGACACCUGUGAUCCAGGACAACCCCUCAGCCUGGGCACUAACUGUUCCUGAGCAGUUUUGGGAUAUGCCCUACCAGGCAUUAACCAAAGGAGAUUAUCUGGGGAAUGUUGCACACUGGACAGGGGUCACAUACCAGGACAAGGUUUACACAAACAAGUAUUUCUCUCGGUUUGAUGUAGGUCAAUAUGCAUAUUUCUGUGAAGAGGAUGAGAUGAGCUUUUAAUUAUUGGACUCGGUGCACACACAGAAGACUGCCUACCAGCAAAACCACAUGAGAUUCGCACACUGGAAUCUCCACAGGGAAAAAAAAAAUCAUCUGCCAAAUAUGGUACAGUUCAACCUACAGACACUGCUCAAGACUGAGAAGCAGAGAGAGAACAAAUUCGCUAGCAGAAAAAAAUUCCAAAAGCAAUUUAGAGUGAGGGACCACUCUAAAUGUGACCAGAAGUUGAGAAACCUAAUGUCCUCAGUUGAAGUUCACAGUGACUGGGAGGUGAAGAAAGAGAUGGACUUCUUUCAGCUGAUGAAGAUGCGCUACUUGGAAGUGUCACAGCCUCAAAACAUAGAGUGCUGUGGAGCACUGGAGUAUUAUUACAAAGCCUUUGACCACAUCACCAUGAGGAGUGAGAAGCCUCUCCAAAACAUAAAGUUCAUCUUCCACACAGUUGCCACAACAGAUAAGCCGAAGCUGCCAAAAACCAUGGGCAAUGUGUUUGCCAUUGAUUAUAUCCUGGCCACACUGAUGAGCUGCACCUACUCGAUGUACUCCUGGGACAUUGACGUCCAAAGAUUCAGAUCCAAACUCUUUUUGACAAGAGGGACAACUCUGAAUUUUCCUGUGAGUGGGACUGCCAAUGAGCCCCCUCAAGUUCCAAUAAAUUCGUUCAACUCAUCUGGGAACCUGGCCAUGAAGGCCACUUACACAGAACAAAACUUCUUCCAGCAGUGCCUGAGAAUGGGCAGAGAAAGAUACAAUUUCCCCAACCCAAACCCUUUUGUGGAGGAUGACAUGAAUAAGAAUGAGAUUGUCUCCAUUUUUUACCCUUACCUCAGGUGGAAACUUGGAGAGGACAUUGAACUUAUUUUCCUCUAUGAACAUAAUAUCAUCACGACUGGGGAAAACAGGCAAGUGACCUUCAUCAACAUGAAGGCACUCAAUGAAUGGGACUGCAGACAUUGUAAUGACAAUGACUGGUGUAAGAAGCUGGACUCAUCCUUUGGUAUCAUCGGCACUGAAUUGAAAAGUAAUAGCUACAAUUUGGCAUGGUGAUCCUGCUACUCUUUUUUGGCUGACUCUGAGUACUUGAAGCUUGGAUAUGUGUCCUGGUACUGGAAUAGGAAUGUGUCCUCCUCACACAAUGUCAUCCUAGGUACCCAGCAGUUUAAGCCUAAUGAGUUUGUCAGCCAGAUCAACCUGAGCAUAGAAAAUACCUGGGGCAUCCUGUGAUGCCUCACUGACAUCCGCAUGAAGCUGGGAGGCAAGUACCUCAUCUUCAAGGACGCCCAACUAGCAAGCUUGCCUGAUGGCAUCUUCAGCUCUGAGGAAGACUAA